UACCUCUUUGCUUUGUUCUUUAGUUUUGGCUUCAUCUCGCACCUUAUCUCCCCGCUACUUCUUCUUCUUCUUCGUACUCUUCACUCUUUCUCUCUCUCUCUCUCACCAACAAUGGCGAACGAAGACUCAAGACCCGAUUCUGAAACCCCAGAAGAAGAGCGGGAAAAUGAACCCAACUCAGAGGAGCAAUUUCCGGAUAAUUCUUCUUCAUCGUCUUCUGAUGAGUCGGACACAGACUCGGACUACGAAUCGGACGAGCCGGAGGAGCCCGAGACCGAACCCGCCGUCCAAGAGACUCCGGUCGACUACGAGGACAUACCGGAGGAGGACGACUCGCCGGAGGCGAACGAGAAGCGGUUCAUGCAAGUUCUGAACAGCAGACGCAUGCGGAGAGAGCAACAAAAGGCAGAGAAGGAGAUUGAGUACCACGAAGACUUGUUCAACUUUCCCAGAGACCCAGAGAACUGGCGAGAGGAGGAUUUGAAGGAGCUGUGGGCGGAUGCUCCACUUGAGAUGACCAAACCCGGUUGGGACCCAGCUUUUGUCGACGAGGAGGAGGUCGACGUGGUCAGGAAGGAGGUUCGGGCCGGCAGAGACCCGCCCAUUGCUCCAUUUUACCUGCCGUACCGGAAGUUUUACCCGGCGAUUCCGGACAAUCACUACGAUAUCUCGAACCCGAAGUCGGUGGUUGAAGAGCUUGAUAGGGUUGAGGAGUUCUUGAACUGGGUCAGCUACAUUUUCCCUGAUGGGAGCUCGUAUGAAGGUACAGCCUGGGACGACUUGGCCCAUGGAAAAGGUGUUUAUGUUGCUGAGCAAGGACUAGUCAGGUAUGAAGGUGAAUGGCUUCAAAACAACAUGGAGGGCCAUGGGGUUGUUGAAGUUGAGAUACCUGAUAUUGAACCUGUGCCAGGUUCCAAGCUUGAAGCAAAAAUGCGUGCUGAAGGGAAAAUAAUAAAAAGAGAUUUCAUGACCCCAGAAGACAGAGAGUGGUUGGAGAUGGAUAUUGAAGAUGGUAUCCGCUUAGCUGGGGGGACCCAUGAAAUCCCUUUCUAUGAGACUGACGAGUGGAUCAGACAAUUCAGAAAGAAACCGGAGAAAGGUCGAUAUCGCUAUGCUGGUGAAUGGAAACAUGGGAGAAUGCAUGGUUGUGGUGUAUAUGAAGUCAAUGAACGUACAACAUAUGGUCGGUUCUAUUUUGGGGAGCUAUUGAAAGAUCCUGCUGGUUGUGAUGAGAAUAUUUCAGCGCUACAUGCAGGUAUUGCAGAGGUGGCUGCUGCUAAGGCACGGAUGUUUGUCAACAAGCCUGAUGGAAUGGUCAGAGAAGAGAGGGGUCCUUAUAGUGAUCCUCAACAUCCAUAUUUCUAUGAGGAAGAAGACGUAUGGAUGGCACCAGGCUUUAUCAACCAGUUCUAUGAGGUUCCAGAUUAUUGGAAAACAUAUGUUCAUGACGUAGAUCAAGAAAGGGAGAUGUGGUUGAACUCCUUUUACAAAGCUCCUUUGAGACUACCCAUGCCUGCUGAACUUGAAUACUGGUGGUCAAAAGAUGAGAAGCCAGAAUUUGUCCUCAUCAACAAGGAACCUGAGCCUGACCCUGAAGAUCCGUCAAAGUUAGUACAUACUGAAGAUCCGCUAAUCCUACACACACCAACUGGACGGAUAAUUAACUAUGUGGAUGACAAGGAACAUGGUAUCCGCUUGUUUUGGCAACCACCUUUGAAAGAAGGGGAAGAAGUGGACCCACAGAAGGUCCAGUUCCUGCCUCUUGGAUUUGAUGAGUUCUAUGGACGCGGUGAGGCUGUCAAGAGGGAAAACAUAUGGGUGCGUUUUAUGACUGCAGUGGUGAAUGUAAUCAAGCCAAUGUUUGACAAUGUACAGAAAUGGACAGAAGAACAAAAGAAUGCUGGUGAGAUGAACAUGAAGCUGAUAGAGAAAGAGCUUGAAUUAGUGCAGGCUGAAUUGUGUCUGGAGGAGGCAAUUGAAGACAUGGAUGAAGAGCUGAAGGGAAUACAGAAAGAGGAGGAGAACAAAGCGAAAAAGGGUUUGCAAGAGGAAGAAGAUAUUGUGCCUCCAGAAGCUACCAGUCAAGAGCCAAAAACUUCACCGGCAGCAGAGGAAGAUGAAGGGCAAGAGGAGGAAGAGGAAGAGGAAGAUGAAGAUGACAUUACACCAGCAAGUUUUGGGUCUGUAAUCGAGGACCAGGAUUCAACAAAAGAUGAUCGCGAGGAAAAAAAGCCUGGAAAAUCUCCAUUUUCUUCAUCUACAUUAUCACUAGCUUCUUGCAGCCUUGUUUCUCCUUCAAGCAUAGUUUCCACUGUUCCCCCACAACUACAGCACUUAUUUACAAUGUGGAAGGAUGGGAAAUCACCACUGGAACCUUCUCCGGCUUGUCCUCCUUCUCCAAAGCCCCCUUCUGGUUCAGUAAGUUUUCCAAACACAACUGGCCAAUGUGGGAAACUGAGAGCAGCAAGGCAAACGUAUUGCCAAGUGAAGCAAAUUUCCAGCAAGCGAUUAAGAAACUUCUCGAUCCAAAAUACUCGUCUAAAAUCACGAAGAAACCUAGGACACUCCAACCCACCUAGCUGCAAAUGGCCAUAUGCUGCAACAGAGGAGGAUUUACACAUAUUAUCACUGCACACCAGUUUGGAUAUUGGUUUACAGUGAGAUGUUUUGUGUGUGUGUGUGUGUGUUUAUGUAUGUUGUAUUAGAAAUCAUUUCGUGGUGCCGGCUAAUUUGUUAAAGCAUAUACUAGCUUGGCAAAACCGCAUCACAUCAUUUUUUGGAGGGUAACUUAAAAUUAGUAGUUUGAGGUACUGGAAAAUGUUAUAGAUUUAUCUCUCUCAUGUGAUAAUAAAAUAGCAGUGACUUUCACA